CUUCAAAAAAAAGUCGCCAAAAUGCCUUCAGAUGAUCCGGGUGUUUCCCUCCGAUGGAACACUACGGCAUUUGCUUGGAAACUGCAUCGGUGCCAAGCUGAGGUCACUUGAGGGGAGGGACAAUUCCCGUGUCCGUGGACUAAGAAAAGAGAGCCCGGUAACGGAACUUCAUCUGCCAACGUCUUAAGCCAGGGGGAGAACGAGAACGCCCACCCGAUCCAUUUUCUGAUAGGAGCACAACGACGCCCAUGGUCUUCACCGAGAUCUCGGCGCUGGUCCACUCUCAAUGGCAGCUUCUGCGCAGCGCAUUCGACGCUGAGGGCCACGACCGCCGCGUGCAGCAGCGGUUGGAAAAGAAGCAGGCCAAGCAACAGCGCAAGGCGGCGCGCCGCGCGGCGCGGGAGGCCCGUCGCGCACAGCGGAAGCAGCGACACACUCUUCUCUCUCCGACAGUAGUCGGCGAGCACACGGAUGACGAGCCGGAAACUAGCAGUAGCAAUAAACCCACGACGACUGUCCCGAGCGGCCUGGCCUGGGCUCGCACCGCCGAGGCCCUUACCGAUGUCGCCGACGCAAAUGAUAGCGCUGGUUUUUACAAAAGUGAGCCAAGUGGGGGGCGACGGGACGAGUCCCGAUCCCUGCAGGACGCAAGUCCAGAAUAUGUCGCCGCCGGCGCCGUCUAUAAGAAGCCCAUGGUGGCAGAAGCGACCUCCUUGUCGGUCGCGAAAGCAGUCGUCAACGCUCCGCAGCUCCCUAUGGAGCUUGCACUUGAGAUCGAGGCCCAACUGGCGCAGAAGCAACGUGAGUUUUACGACUCUUUGGGCGGCUACAGUACUGUGGACGAGGAAGAGGACGAACUGAACGAGUUGCUGGCGCGCGGUCGACGAGCUAGUGACGCCAAGCUACCGUCAAAGUGGACAGUCGUAGGCAUCAAGAAGGCAGUGGCUCUAGCACAAACAGCGGAGAAGGGGGUCUUCUUCAAGCUGCCUGAGGCAGCGGAGCAGGAGAAGAGCAACGGUACGAGCACGGAUGUGUCCCCGGCAUCUUCAACUUCAUCGUCGAAGAAACCCAGACCAAAGUCGCUUUCAAGCUCGUCUGAGCUGGUGGAGACAGAGCCCGAGGACGACGAGGUGGAUCUACACAACAGUGAAGAGUUCGACGGGUACAGCACUUUCGACGAGGAGGAGGAGUCACGCGACCUGUUUAUCGCUGACCACGAGUUCGAAGGCCUCUGCGCGCCGCAGAGUUCGUCUCCUGCUGUUGUAGAUCAGACUAGUGUGGAGGCGACGAUUGAAGUUCUUGAAAUCAAGAUUGAUCCCAAUUGGAGUGAAGUGAAGCCCGAGCUAGAGAUCGAGGACAAAGCUGAAGUCGUCGUUGACAUUGACAAGCUCAUCGAACUUGAUCUGAACGGCAAAACGUCGCUGGAUAUGUCUACUGCGCUGGAAGAAUUUGAGACAAAGCAGCCACCAUCGAGUGAAGAAGUGUUGGAGGCCGCGCUCGUUAACCAAUCUCAAGAGGAACCGGUCGAGACUGACACUGAACAGGAGAUGGAGGUGUUCGAAGAGUUGAAAGAGGUGACGGAAGUGGAGGUGAAGAUGAAAGAGGAGGUUGACACUGUAGAGGCGGUCAGGAAGGAGGAAAUUAUUGAAGAGUUUGUGGAACUACAACCGGAACAAGAAGACACAACUUCUCGGACCUUAGUGAGCACGCGCAUUACCGCUCCCGGGAUUUAUUCUCCUGGAACGGUGGACGAGUACGCUUGCUCUAUCUACGAAAGCCUUCGGGCGCGAGAACACCGAUACCACGUUACAGAAGACAUUUUUGCCAAACAGCACAGCGUGAGCCCCAAGAUGCGUGCAGUCCUUGUGGAUUGGCUUGUUGAAGUACACCAGCGUUUUGAACUGGAAGCACCGACACUUUUCCUGACGGUUAAUUACAUCGACCGAUACCUGGCACAGACACCUGUGAAGUCACAGAGAUUUCAACUUGUGGGAGUCGCAGCAUUGCUAAUCGCUUCAAAGUUUGAGGAAAUCUACCCGUGUGAUAUGGACGAUCUGCUGUACAUCUGCGAGCGAUCAUACGUCAAGGCUGACCUGGUGAACUGUGAGCGGGACCUGCUCAACGUGUUUAAGUUCAAUUUGGCUGUGCCGAGUGUCAGUAGCUUCCUGGGCUACUACCUGGAGUAUUUUGAGGAGGACGACGAGCUCAUCAGUCAACUCGCCAGUUACUUCGCGGAGUGCUCGCUGCUCGACUUUACCUUCGGAGCCACAUACGACGCCUCGGUCAUUGCUUGCGCGUGCUUGCUCGCAGCUUACUGCUACGUCGAGAACCAGGCGCCUUGUCUUGUUUGGAACUCUCGCCUCGUAGAGCUCACUGGUUACACUGUGGACGUGAUCGUCCCGUGUGCACAAGAUCUGUGGUCACUUUUGACUCAACCCAGCGAGCUGGCUGCCGUCGCGACGAAAUACAGCACCAAAGAGUUCGGUGAAGUCGCUCAUUUGCCGCUGGAAGAUCUGGAGAUGCUGUUGUGUUGACUGCAUCGCGACCAGAGGCAGCUUAAUAGAUAUUGUACAUACGACUGCCCUGCAUCAAGGCUAGACUCAAGUAUUGUUUUCGAACUAAUAAAUCCUCAUGAACCUAUUAUCA